AUGAAGGCCAUCGGUGACGUCACGAAAUACGAGGGCAAGGAAGAGGCUGAGAGCAAGGUUUCUUCUCAACCGCUCCUAGCUGGAAUUAUUUGUUGUUUGGUUUCGAAGGCAGAGCGAGCAGUCAUCGCGCUCUCUAAAAACCCUCACAGACGCCGAGUCAGCAUCGCCCCAGCUUCGACGACAGCACGACAGGAGGGGCACAUUUUCACGCAUUCGGAUCUGCUGUCCACAGUUUGUUCCACCUUGCGUGCCAAGACUCAGUUGGAUCGAUUGGAACACCUGAGGAACUGCAGCGUCAUCGAGGGGUCUCUGGCGCUAGCCGUGAUGCAGUAUCGCAACGAAAGCCGUCCUGACGAUCCAGAUGUUCUGAACAUGUCUUUUCCCGAACUGCGUGAAAUCACAGGCUUCCUACUCGUGUUCCGAUCGCACUUCACGAACUUGACAAAGCUGUUCCCGAAUUUGGCGGUCAUUCGGGGCCUCGAACUCUUCGACCAAUACGCGCUGAUCAUUUACGAGAAUCCACUGAUGACAACGCUUGGACUGUCCAAUCUGACUACUAUCCAACGCGGAGGGGUUCGCAUAGAGAAAAAUCAAAGGCUGUGCCACGUCCACAGCAUCAAAUGGGAUAGGAUAGUUCAGAGCCGCUCGAAAAUCCUUUUGGAGCAUAAUCAGGAUGAAACCCUCUGUCCUGGCUGUGACAAAAGCUGUCCCUUGGAUCCUGUAGCGAAUCGGCAUCUCUGUUGGAGUUACAAGGACUGCCAGAAAACUUGCGGAUCGUUGCCUGCCAACAAGACCUGCAUGAAGGACAUGACUCCGUGCAGCAAUCUGUGCAUCGGGGGAUGCUCGUCGCCCGACAGCUCUCAUAGCUGCUACGUUUGCAGGGACUUCCUUUUCAAGAAAAACUGUGUGGAUAUAUGUCCUCCGGAUCACUAUGUCCUCAAUGGCAGGAGGUGCGUUUCGAAAGAAGAGUGCAAAAAUGCCAAAGCGACCGGGUCACGCCGGUACAAAGCUGUACCGGCUUCGUCGAACAGCUCGGUCAAUUUGUGCAUAGCGAAUUGUCCGACCAAUUUCAUGGAAAGUCCCGACGAUCCGACCUCAUGCGUGAGAUGCGAGCCCAGAUGUCCGAAAACCUGCGAAAUAGUGAGGUCGGUCGACUCGCUAACGGAGGCGAAGAAACUGAUGGGCUGCACGAUAAUCAAUGGGAGUCUAACGAUCGAGAUCAAAACUGGCGAUAAUGUCGCUGCUCUCUUGGAGAAAUACCUGUCGAGCAUCGAGGAAAUCACCGGUUACCUCAAUCUCGUCCGCACUCCGGCGGUUGUGUCCUUCAAUUUCCUCAAGAAUUUGAGAAUCAUCCACGGCCAAACUCUGCAUCUCGAGAAAUAUUCGCUCGUCGUCCUCGACAACAUGAACUUACAAGAGUUCUGGAACUGGGGCGAGAGAGAGGAACAGAAGAUGUCGUUCACGAUCAAGACCGGUAUGCUCUACUUCUACCACAAUGAGCGGCUCUGCUACCAGAAGAUCGUGGAGUUGAAAAACAAGGCCGGGCUCGAGAAUCUCACCCUGUACGAUAAUGACGUGAGUCGCGCAACCAACGGAGACCGUGUAUCCUGCGACGUUUUCCCAUUGACGUUGAGGGUUUUUGAAAUUACGGCGGACGAAGCCACACUCGAAUGGGAUAAGCCCGAAGAGACGAUGACUUUGUUGGACGACCAUCGGUAUCUCUGGGCGUAUACGGUAUUCUACAUGGAAAUGGAGGAUGAAACAGCGAACGUCACGGAGUUUUACGGCCGUGACGCAUGCGGCAACGAUCCGUGGAUCGCGAAAGACGCCCUGUUGUCUACGGAAGGCCACAGCGACAAGCACAUGGUCUUCACGUUGAAAGACCUCCAGGCUUACAAGCGUUACGCGAUCUACGUGAAGACGAACGUCAUCACCAAAUCGGAGAAGACGGCUAAAUCUAACAUAACCUAUUUCAAAACGGCCAUGGCUAUGCCAAGCGCACCUCAGAAUCUCAACCUUGAACCCACCGGGUCAGACUCAUUCAAAGUUACUUGGGAGCCCCCGGCUCGUCCACGGGGGCUCGCAAACCUCUAUCUCAUCACGGGUGAAAUUCAAUUGGACUCCGCUCAUUCGAUGAGCGAUGUGAACUACUGCUCCAUGAGCGAUACUCCGAGCGAAGCCGUCACCGUGAAAUUCCCAACCCAAGAAUCACCGAAAAAUACGACAAUUGAAGCGAAUAUCGAUUGUUCCAAAUGUAAAUGCGACGAGGGAGUCGCGGCCAAGAAGAAGUACACCAAAGAAAACUGGCACGACGCAAUCGACUUCGAAGACCUUGUGCAUGAUCUGAUUUUCCAGAAGAGAGACGCGAGCGCAGGAUUGAAUGAGUCGCGAACCAUUUCGAAGCGGGAUCUCGUUUCGGUUCUGAAGAACGACGAAAACGAACACGAGAACUUAAUCGACAAUGGAACCUCUGCUGCCACAAGCGGCAAGAGCAAUCGCGACGGGAGCGAGAACGCGACAAAAUUAGAUUAUGCCUCCAAUAAGAGGGUGCAAGCUUGCCCCACCGACACUUCGGUCGAAGACGAACACCGUCGUGUUGUGAAGUUCUGCCGUUGGGCUACCGAGCCGCAGAUUCCAAUCAACCGACUUCGACACUUCAGUCAGUACAUCGUUACGGUACGAGCUUGCCACCCGAUAUCGGGGGUCGCACACAACUACGCCGCGAUCUGUGAUAGACAGAAUCGCCGGGAAGGUCCGAAUGUCACUACAAUGUGCUGCGGUCCAGCUAAAGUAGCUUUCAAGAGAACUUUGAAACUAGCCGAAGCAGACGACAUAGAUUUUAGAAGCGUGCAGAUAGAAGACGAGGUCAACAACUCCACUGAUGACUUCCAUCAGAGCGGCAUCUUCAUCAGAUGGAAUCCGCCAACGUCUCCAAACGCAUUCAUCCAGAAAUACGACAUCGAAUUCUACAUGGAAAACAAUGUGAAUUCCAAACACUCGAAAUGCGUGGACCAGACCGUGUAUAAGAUACAACGAGGAAGCCCUGUUAAGGGUCUAGCUCCAGGCAAUUACUCGUUCAGAGUUCGUGCGACAAGCGUUGGCGGGCCAGGAAACUGGACCCAGCCAAAAAGCUUCUUCGUCAAAGAUAAGGGAGCAAAGUACAUGUCACUUAUCAUUUCACUCAUCGUCAUCAUGCUCCUGCUCGUCAUAUCAGCUGGCCUCGCUCUCUACUUCUACAUCAAGAAGCGAGUCAACCAGCCGGUCCCAGAUAAGGUUCAGUACGCGUCCAUCAACCCCGAGUACAUGAGCCAAAUCUACGAACAGGACGAAUAUGAAGUCCCAAGACACAAAGUCAAACUAUUGCACGAAUUGGGUCAGGGAUCCUUCGGCAUGGUUUGGCAGGGUAUUGUGUUCGAUCUCAAGGAGCCUUGCGAUCCGAAUGGGACCCACUGCGCAGUGAAGACAGUGAAAGAAGGAGCCAAGUUCCACGAGCGCCAAGAGUUUCUCAAAGAAGCCUCAACAAUGAAGAGCUUCGACUCUUAUCACGUAGUAAAACUCCUUGGAGUCGUUAGCAAGGAUCAACCUCUGUAUGUUAUUAUGGAACUGAUGUCGAACGGAGACCUUAAACGAUAUCUCCGUUCUCACCGUCCCGACCAGGACGAACCACCAAAAGGAGAUCCUCCUACUCUAGAACAGGUCCUUCAGAUGGCCGCUGAAAUCGCUGACGGAAUGGCCUAUUUAGGCUCAUUAAAGUUCGUCCAUCGAGACUUGGCGGCCCGAAACUGCAUGGUAGCUGAAGAUCUCACUGUGAAAAUCGGAGAUUUCGGUAUGACCCGAGAUAUUUACGAAACAGAUUACUAUAAGAAGGGGGGCAAAGGCCUCCUACCAGUCCGUUGGAUGAGUCCGGAGGCUCUCAAGGACGGCGUGUUCACAGUUCAGGGUGACGUGUGGAGCUACGGCGUCGUCCUUUGGGAGAUUGUCACAUUAGCAACGAUGCCCUAUCAAGGUUUAUCGCACGAACAGGUUCUCAGAUGGGUCAUUUCUCGGCACAUAAUGGAACGUCCGGAAAACUGUCCGGAUAAAUUAUUCGAAAUCAUGAAGCGCUGCUGGCACUACAACCCGAAACUUCGACCUAAAUUCACUGAUAUCGUCGAAAUGCUUCUAGUCGACACGCACGACCGUUUUCGUGAGCUCUCCUAUUACUCGACGAAGGUGCGUUCGCUGGAACGAGAUGAGGGCCCUGACGGGCGAGCCAGAGUUCCUUCGGUCGAAUCGUUACCGUUACUUCCACGACCUUCGAGUCACAUCGCCACAACAGGCUUACAGUCGUUAAUAGAGAACCCACGAAACGCGGUUGACAUGGGAGCUGCAGAUUUAGACGAAGAGAGCAAUCUUUACAUUUCCGAUGAUGUGAUCUCAGACGGUGAAGCUGAAGACAGCGGUCAAGACAAUUGGGCCAAUCCGAGCAGCCAUCGGCGCAACCAGCCGGGCUCGUCGAUGCCCAACCACAACAACAGUGAUUACGGCAGUGGGAAAAGUCCACCCAUACCGUUGUUGUUGGAGACAGGCGACGAGUUGAAUCCUUCGCCCCUUGCUACCGCUUCGGAGAGCGACGCUGCUCAGCCAUCCUCAUCUCCUACUACGAUCAGCUCGGCGCUUCCACAAGAAUUGAUAGCCGCUGGUCAAGCAGAAAAGCGGAACAAGGUUGCUUCGAACGGGACCAUUCAACCCAACGGUCGAAUGGUCUGUAUACCGAUCAACAACCGAACUACGGCGUUUUAG